AUCGAUUCGCUAUGUCCCUUCCUGGGUCCUCACGCAGCAUCAGACGGCAAUGCCAAAUACGUCUGCAUUCGGGCACAAGCCCCUCCCUGAGCUUGCACUAUAGCUCCAACCUGCGCCCCCGCCUUGUCCAAGAUCACCUCCACCUUCAGCAUAAUCAGCUACUCGCACCUCGGCCUCCGCCCAGUUCCUGCUUCCAUACCACUACAUCCAACAAUGACUUGUAUCGGACUCCCCGAAAGUCCCCUGCGCUACGACGCGCCGCCAACAUGAGAGAUGCCCGCGUGUCUUCUCCUCCCCGCCCUGCAGACAUCGGCCCCGAGUCCCACAUCACCGGCGACCUCACAGCUCACAAAAAGUGGCUCGCAACAGGCGGCAUGGACAAUUGGGCGGAUGCCGUCCUGAACAGAGACCUCAAGACAGAGAUUACGUGGCCAGUUUUCGAGGCCACCGGUCUACACUUGCUGGAGUGUGCUCAUGGCGGCCCUCCCACUCUUGCCGCAAUUCAAAACAACCCGCGCAACUUGACGCCCUUGGAAAUGUUCAAGAUCGGCAAGCUCAUCCUCCCGCACCACAAACCCUUCCAGCACUGGGUCUCCUCGGCCACCGCGCUGGCCAAAGUCCGGCCCGCGAUCUACAUCCAAGCCGCCAACUACCUGAAGGAGCUGCGCGCGCAGCACAACAAGAGCCACCAGUCCCCACCGCGCGAUGUGCCGAUCCUGCAAGCCGUCGAAGCUCUGGCGACGGGGCCCGUUCCGGACCCGCGCGCCAUGCAUCUCCACGCGCGGGUCCUCUGCCACCGGCAACAGUACCGCGAGGCGAUGGCCCUCCUGGACGAACUGCUCGAGCUCAUCUAUCCGGCCAAGAAACUCGAGCCGGGCUUCGAGACCGGGCUGUACUUCCCGCCCAUCGACUCCUUCUGGGACACCUACAUCUGGGUCCAGGGCAUUAUGCUGGACCACAGGCACAAAACCAAACACACGCCCGAGGAGAUCUACCGCCGGGCGGCCGAGGAGUUCAAACAACCGGAGUACCUCGUGCGGUACGCGGCUCACCUGCGCGAGCAAGGUCGGUGGGACCAGUACGAGAAGUACAUGCACAUGGCGGUCAUGGCGGGCCACCGCCGGGCCACCCGCCGGCUGGCGUGCUACUACUACCUCAUCGCGCAGGGGCGGUAUCCCCGGCGCGGGGAAUCCGCCACCACCGAAUUCCGCCCGAUCGACCCCGCGCAGGAGGGCCAGGGCCUGCUGCAGGAGAAGAGCCGCUCGUGGUGGACGCGGCUCCGCGACGAAAUCUGGGCCGAACACCGCCGGCCGUCGCUGACGCACUAUCGCGCCAUGGCCCGGGAGUUGUUCGAGCUGGCGGCGGCGUACGGGAGCCCGGAGUCCGUUGUCAUCGCCGCCGUCAUGGCCCGCGAGGAGGGCCGCCUGGCCGAUGGCGAGCAGAUGAUUCGCAACAUGCUUCGCGCCAACCAGUUUCAGAGUCCGGAGUGGACGCAGGUCAAGGUGGACGUGCAAAGCCUUCUGGAGAAAUGGGGGGAUCUGCAGUUCAAGUUCAAGAUACCGGAAGAGUACUUCGUCCUCUAGGCGAGAAAAGAAAAAGGAAAGUCAACAAAAUGAAACUUGGGCUGCCCUUCUGCGGGGUGGUUCGUGACUCGGUAUCGGACUCUCUGAAGUGCGGUGUGGGCGGCUUUACUGAAAGCUCGAUUUCUUCUCUGUGCACUCUUUAAUGACUGUGAUACCCAAGCAUAGACUAAGAACGUCGUUCCAAUACAAAAGAGAUCGCGGAGCAG